AUGGAACAACGGAGGGUCUUCGUCGUGGGGGUGGGGAUGACCAAGUUCAUCAAGCCGAGGGAGGGCAACCCUGACUACCCGAUCCUGGCCAAGCAGGCCAUCGAAAGGGCCUUGAGGGACUGCUCCUUGAGGUACGAGAAGAUCCAAGCUGCGGCAGUCGGCUAUGUCUAUGGCGACUCGACCUGCGGGCAACGUGCGCUCUAUGAAGUUGGCAUGUCCGGCCUGCCAGUCUACAACGUCAACAAUAACUGCUCGACCGGAUCGACUGCCAUCCACCUGGCCUCAAAGCUGAUCCAAGGCGGGCUGCACGACUGCGUGAUGGCAGUAGGGUUCGAGAAAAUGGAGCGCGGCUCGCUGGGGUCAAAGUUCAUGGACAGGACGAACCCCAUGGACAAGAUCUUCAGCCGCACAAUGGAAAUGACUGAAUUCACGAAGGCUCCUUUCGCGCCUCAGUUCUUUGGGAAUGCGGGCAUGGAGCACAUGAAGAAAUAUGGGACCAAGCCGGAGCACUUUGCCAAGAUUGCCGAGAAGAAUCAUCGCCACUCCCUGAACAACCCGUACUCCCAGUUCCAGGACGGGCACUCGCUGGAGACCAUCCAGAAGUCACAGAAGAUCCAUGGCGUGCUGACCAAGCUGCAGUGCUGUCCCACCUCCGACGGCGCCGGGGCGGUGGUGCUGUGCAGCCUCGACAAGGUCAAGGAAUUCGGGCUUGAAGAUCAAGCGGUCGAGAUCCUGGCGAUGGAGAUGACCACAGACCGACCGGAAAUGAAAGACGACCUGAUGAGCCUGGUCGGUUACGGCAUGUCGAAGGAGGCAGCCAGCAAGGCCUUCAAGAAGGCGGGCGUAACCCCCGCCGAUAUCAACGUGGUCGAGUUGCAUGACUGUUUCAGUGCCAACGAGCUGAUCACCUACGAGGCUCUGGGACUGUGCGGGGUUGGCGAGGCAGGCAGCUUUAUUGACAAGGGGCUGAACACCUAUGGCGGGAGGGUAGUGGUCAACCCUUCAGGCGGGCUGAUCAGCAAGGGCCACCCCCUCGGGGCCACAGGGCUGGCGCAGUGCUGUGAGUUGAACUGGCAGCUGCGGGGGAUUGCCGAUAAGAGGCAGGUGGAAGGGUGCAGGUACGCACUGCAGCAUAACAUCGGGCUGGGCGGGGCGUGCAUCGUGGGGAUCUACAAGAAGCUGACCCCGGGCCGGAGCAAGGGAACCUCCGAUCUGAAGACGAUCGAGGCCAGCGAAAAAGGGGACCUGGCCAAGCUCUGA